CGAUGGGAAACACAGACAGCCACAGCAGCUUCGUCCUUCCAGCCAAGUCCUCCUGCUCGCUCAGGUUCCCCUCCAGGAAGGAGGAGGCGGCGUCAGCCCGAAGCUGGUGGAGGAGCAGCCAGGGGGGCUGCAGGAGUCGGGGGAGGGGCCACCUCAGUCAGCACACCGCUGGGCCACCAGGCGGGGGCAGGAUCGGUAGCGAGCGGACAUCAGUUUGCGUGUCUUCAGAAAGCGACGGCAGCCCGAAGGUGGUGCUGAGCAAAGAUGGCAGCAUGAGGGUGGAGUUCACCAACACCAGGGUGGUUCCAGUGGAGCCACAGGUGCUGCCCGUCCUCCCGGCCAUCACCACCACCGCGGCCUCCACCCCAGUCGCAGAGCCCUCCCUCCGCACCAGUAAAGGUAGCUCGCUCAGCUCCGAGGGCUCCUGGUACGACUCGCCGUGGGGGAACGGAGCAGCGGCUACACCACCUACUCCUCCACCCGGACAGAGUAUUUCACCUGGAUUCAACUCUAACCUCCUCUUCCCAGCUGCGGAGACCACCGAGUUCACGGCCGCCGCGGGUUAUAACACCUGCUCCUCGGGGCGAACAGAGGACAGCGGCAUCGGGGACUCGGUGAUCCUCCAGCCUGACCUGAGAGACUUCAGCCUGGCUUCACCUUCUUCCUCGGCGUCACUGGAUAACGUUUACACGCUGCCCGCCUUCCCGACGGAACCAGACGUUUCCCUGCAGCAUAGAUUCGUCUCCACGUCCUCGGCGCUGUUGGAUGAUGUCAUCCAUGAGGAGGAGGGGUCAAUAGGAGGCAUGGAGCAGCGAUACUCCUCCCACACGCUGCCUUGCCGCCGGGUGGAGUCUGCCAGCUCUGCCGCCGCCACACCAGGGAGCCGUAAAGACUUCCUGAAGAGCCGAAUUAGACGGCUGAGCGACUGGACAGGAAGUCUGAGCCGGAAGAAGAGAAGAAUCCAGGAGCCUUAUGGCAGUGAAGUCAGUGAUGUCUUUAUCAAUGGACUGGAGUCUGCUACACUAUGGUCCCCCAACCCUCUCCACAUCCUCAACCUGAACCAGAACCAGUUCCCACCGCGGCAGAACGUCUACGAAAACUUCAUGCAGGAGCUGGAGACGGGCUGCAGCCGGACCGAACCGUCAGAGGGGGACGGAGAGGAGGAGGAGAACGACCAGCUGGAUGUCCUGUUGGAGAAGGAACAGGGUGUGGUGCGACGGGCCGGCUGGCUCUCCUUUAAAGCUCUCAUCACUGUCAGCAAGGACAGGAAGCUGGAGCUGGUUGCCCGACGCAAGUGGAGGCACUACUGGGUCACACUGAAAGGUUGCUCUUUGCUGUUUUAUGAGACAUAUGGGAAGAGUGGCAGCGCUGAGCAGGAGCUUUCUCCUCGCUACGCUCUCCUGGCUGACGACAGCAUCGUCCAGGCCGUCCCCGAACACCCAAAAAAGGAGCACGUCUUCUGCCUGAGCAACUCAUACGGAGAUGUCUAUUUGUUCCAGGCCACAAGCCAGACAGAUUUGGAGAACUGGGUGACGGCGAUCCACUCGGCGAGCGCCUCGCUGCUGGCCAGGCGUCAGGGCAAAGAGGACACGCUGCGUCUCCUGCGCUGCCAGAGCCGCUCGCUGUUGCACAAGAUCGACAUGGACGGGAAGAUGAAGAAGAUGGCCGAGCUGCAGCUGUCCGUCAUCAAGGAGCAGAAGAACAGGAAGGCUGUGGAGAGUCAGAUCCAGCAGUGGGAGCAGAACCUGGAGAAACUGAACCUGGAUCUGUUCCGGUUGAAGUGUUACCUGUCGAGCCUGCAGGGCAGCGAGCUCCCGAACCCGAAGAGCCUCCUCGCCGUGGCCAGCCGGCCCUCCAAGAGCAUGCUGGGACGGCUAGGAGUCUUCUCGGUGUCCUCGUUCCACGCUCUGGUGUGCAGUCGAGACGAGGCGACUCUGCGGCGGCGGCGUCUCUCAGGUGGAAACCAGAGGAGACGUGGGCUGCCGUCCUCUCUGAAGUCUCUGGACGGACUGAACAGAAGCUGCAGGGACGAUGGAAAGUGGACAUGUGUUUCUUUAAGUAUAGAGGUGGCGCCCCCUGCAGGCCGUCCAGCAGCUCUGCAGGUGUGUGAUGAGCAGCAGCUUUCAGCCGGCUGUCUCUUCACUCUGAACGUCUGUCGGCCCGACGCUGCGAAAGACUUCGGGUUUGCAGUGACGGGUCAUGUGGACGGAGCAGGGAAGAGUCACAUCUACGUCAGCGAGGUCGACCCGCUGGGACUGUCCGUCAGAGAAGGCCUCAGGGCAGGAGACGAGAUCCUGGCUGUGAACGGAGCCCCCGUAUCCGGACUGGACCUGGAUCUGAUGCAGAGUCUCUUCAGCCACCAGAAGCUCCAGCUGCUGCUCAGAAGAGACGAGUCACAUCACCCAGAGGAGCAUGUUGACCCUGUUGACCCCUCUUCUUCGUCUCCAGAUGACGGCGUCCUGCCUCCUGUUUUUGACGACGCUUCGUCCCCCCCUCAGAACAUGGAGCGCAUGUACUCGCUGUACCAACCCUUCCCAGACGGCCAAGCAGCAGAGUCCGACGUUCCCAGGAACCCGUACGGCAGAGAGGUGGUGCUGCAGACCUCAAGCCCCGCCCACCUGAGUGUGUGUCAGCGUCUACGUAAAGUCAUCGAGGAGCUGGUGGAUACGGAGAAGUCCUACGUUAAGGAUCUGGUGUGUCUGUUUGACAUCUACCUGACGCCGCUGCAGACGGAGACCUUCCUCAGUAAAGACGAGAUGGAGGCGUUGUUCGGCAGUCUACCGGAGAUGUUGGACUUCCAGAGAGUUUUCCUCCAAACGCUGGAGGAGAGAAUCGCUUCCUGUCCGAACUUCAGCAGCCUGGAUACGCCCGAACAGUUCAAGAAACUCCUCUUCUCGUUGGGAGGAUCUUUUCUCUACUACGCCGACCACUUCAAGCUCUACAGCGGCUUCUGCGCCAACCACAUCAAAGUACAGAAAGUUCUGGAGAGAGCGAAGACGGACGCAGCCUUCAAACAGUUCCUGGAGGCCAGAAAUCCGACCAAUCAGCACUCGUGUACGUUAGAGUCGUACCUGAUCAAACCUGUCCAGAGAGUCCUGAAGUACCCGCUGCUGCUCAGAGAGCUGGUGUCUCUGACCGACCCCGAGAGCCCCGAACACACACACCUAACAGAGGCGCUGAGAGCGAUGGAGAAGGUGGCGAGUCACAUCAACGAGAUGCAGAAAAUCUACGAGGAUUACGGCUCCGUGUUCGACCAGCUGGCCGCAGAGCAGAGCGGACCUGACAAACAGGUGACGGAGAUCUCGAUGGGGGAGUUCCUGGUCCAUUCGUCGGUGGUCUGGUUGAACCCGCUGCCGUGUCUGGGCCGACUGAGGAAAGAACCGGAGCUCACGCUGUUCGUUUUCAAACGAGCCGUCAUCCUCGUCUACCGAGAGAACAGCAAACUGAAGAAGAAGAUGUCCGGCUCCCGCUCAGCUGAUCUGGACCCCUUCAGGUUCCGCUGGUUAAUCCCAGUGUCAGCGGUGCAGGUCAGACCGGCCAACAUCACAGGCUCGGAGCAGCCGUGUGUGUGGGAGCUGGUUCACUGCAGGUCAGAGGUGGAGGGGCGGCCGGAGACGGUGUUCCAGCUGUGCAGCAGUGGUUUGGAGACGAAGGCCGGCGUCCUGCGAGUCCUGCGCUCCCUCCUCAGAGACCGAGCACCCACCGGCUCCUUGAGGAGGACCAAACUGUCCACAGCAGAGAGAGGCGGCUCCUGGAGGAGAAGGCAGCAGCGUAGUCGCUCCGACAACCAAAGGACUCCUCAUCACCAACCGGACGAGAGCACCAGGUUGAUCAUGGGAGACACCUGCUCGGAGCCGCUGUUGCCCAGCCACGCCGCCUCCUCCGCGGGGAAGAGGAGCCGACUCUGCUCCCUGACCAGCGACCUGGAGGCUCAGCUGCAGCGGCUCAACUUCAGCGAGGAAGACGCAGAGCAGAGGGACGACGAGAAGAGACGGAGUUCCAGGAGAGAUCAGCUGGAUGUCAACAUGCUGGAGAGAGACUUCAGCGUUCAGAGCAUGACGUCGAUCAUCAACGAGGACUGUUUCUACGACGCCAUGCUGGGAAUCCAAAAGACUGCUGUUCCUUCACUACAGGGCUAAAGCUAACAUAGAGAAGAUUUCUGCUGGCUUUAAA